GACUGGUGGCGGUUGUGACGAGCUGCAGAGCUAAUAUAUAAAAACAAAUGCCAUCGUUGAUGAAACGCUUAUUUCAUUAAAAUUAUUUUUCUCUUGAACCAUCUGGUCUAUCCACUAGAAACUCAAGGACAAUAAAACAUGAAUACUAUAUAUUAAUAAAACACGUUUUAAUAAAUUACCAAAAGUUCCGAUAGAUUGCCAUCAAUUUUCUGUUAAUUACCAAAAAAAUGACUGAAGAUUCUGUUAACUUUAGUAAAUUACCGGUAGUUUUGCAACCCUCGUCUGGGUCAAAGAGAGGAAAAAUAAGGCUUGUUUUUGGCAUGUACCACUACUGCUUUAAGCAUUGUUAGUAAGCAGCAGAAGCUACAGCAUAACGUUUCGCUCCAAUAGCCUCUUGAGUCCUGCGGCAACCAGUUGUAUUUCAUUUAAUGGCGUCUCUCUCAGUGCUGUGGCUUUUUCUCUGGUCUGGUUCCUUUACAAAGCCAGAGGGAGGGAGAGACGAGGGUUUCGGCUCAGCCCUGCCAAGCAGCACAGCCACACACAGACGCCCAGGAGUCUGCCCAAGCUUGGUCUCUCGAACCAACCACACAGACUCAAGUUUCCAUUUCCUCAGAGAGAGAAGGGGGCGAGAGCGAGUUGAGGGAGAGGAGGAAGAAACAGAGCUCUGCAUGAUUCCUGUAGCUCUAUCAUAAUUAUAGAAGCGUUUCACAUAACGCAAAGGGAAAUGUAAUGAGGAUAACUCGGCUGUAUGCCAGUCAUGUUAAAAGGGCGCUAAUUAGAUUUUCACAGGUUAAAGCUUUUCACACUUGAAUUGGCAAAUUUCUUCUUCAAUUCACAUGUGAGGUGAAAACACGUUAUUCUUUUCACAUGUGAAAAGGUGGUGAACAUGUGAACACAUAUAUAUUAUAUGUAGUCACAUAUAGUAGACACAUAUAGUGUCUCUUGUGUUUUCACAUUGUCAAACUGCAAAUUACACAUGUGAAUAUGCAAUUGACAUAUGAGGUGAAAACACGUUAUUCUCCUCACAUGUUAAAAGGUAGGUUGCGUAAACAUCACCACAUGUAACAUUAGAAUAUGCAUCAAAAGUCUCAGUGCAAAGUUACACUAUUAUUAUUAUUAUUAUUAUGAUUAUAAAAACUUUUUUUUUUACCAGACAAACCGGUCCCACUUCAAAGCUAGCUUCUCGUUUUUGGACCACAAUUGAGUCGUAACCCCAUCCUUGUGGGUAUUACCGCACUAGCUACGAAUGACGGAAAAGUACUACAACACUCACUUGCUCGACUACCAAACAGGAAAAGAAGAGAUGCACUUUUAAUAUGGUUAUAUGGUUUCUUCUAAGUGCAUGUACAUAGUCAGUUCACCAGCGUCAACACUUGGUUUGGAAUGUAAUUACAUGUUAGCAUGGCUAAUAGCUAAUGCUAGCCAGCUGGAACUAGCUUGGUAGCACCGGUUCUCAUUUUACGUUGAGAAAUAGUGCAUUCUGGGUAGUUCCGAAGAUAUCCGGAAAUAACUUAAUAAAUAUGUAAAAACGCUAAAACAUAACUAACCAGAUCGUGACAACUAAGUUACUAAGUCUUUGUGACCACAUUGUGUUGUUACAUUGGUGAGUAAAAACUCAUCCUCCCUUCCCUUUAAACUCUCCAUAUUCUUUUCUCUUGUGGCGAACGCGGCAGUUUCACAAGUCCCUUAUUCCUCACUGACUGUUGUUACAAAUUAAUUUGUGGAUGGCAAAGGAAUGACUGCCUUUUGUUUGUCAGGCUCUGGUAAACAGGAUAUUGGAAAAAAAGAUUACUCAUUCAAUGUGUUCUUGUCUGUCUCUCUCUGCUGUCUUCCACGCACACACUAACAAUGCCUUGGUUUGUCUAUUGUGAGCGGAUCUUGAGUGAGGAGAAUCGGCUGCCAGUUUACCAGUCCAAUGCACGGUAACCCUCUCUCCUCUUGGCAGGCGACUCAUCCCAACAUGCGGACCUACUACUUCUGCACAGACGCAGCCAAAGACAUGGAGUCUUGGAUGAAGGUGAUGACAGAUGCUGCCCUGGUGCACUCUGAGCCUAUCAGGAGCAGGUCGCUCAAAGUGGAACAGUGCGGUCCUCAGGAUGUGAGUAACCACGUUACCCAGAACCACAGACCGGUUCUAACCCGACCAGAGAUCCAGAACAACGAGCGGAACAGGACCGAGGCCGACAGGGAACAUCACACCAUCGCCGCCGUAACCACGGUAACCACUGUCACUGCCGAGGAGGAGGAGGACAGGAAGCAGCGUGAUGCAGAGCGCUACGGGUUUCAGAAGGAAGGGGCAGAGAGGGACCGGCCGCUCACUAAGAUCAACAGCAUCAAACUAGAACCAGAUCAGGCUUCUGCUGUACCUGCUGACAUCACACCAGACGGGCCCUACAGAGCCCCACAGGUGAACGGUGCUGGGGACCAGAGCCCAGGGGAGAUGAUGACCAAUCCCCAGCCCCAUCGGACCCCCUCUAUCCAGGGCAGCAUGACCCCCACCACCCCUACCCCCCAGUACCCCCAUGGGGAACCUGAACCCAGGACCCUGACCAGGACCAACUCCAUGCAGCAGCUGGAACAGUGGGUCCGCACACAGAGAGUACGCAACCAGGAUGAUGACACACACAGCAUCAUGUCGUACCAGACACUGCCCAGGAACAUGCCCAGUCACCGAGCCCCUCCAGCCAUGCCCCACUACGGGGACCCCGGCUACCGUACCUUACCCAGGAACAGCAUGGCCCGGCCGGACAGUAUCUGCAGCAUGUCCCCCUCCAUGUAUGACCAGGCCAUGGGGCUGGGCCUGGGGCUAUCCUCUGCAGACAAGAGACGCUCCAUGAGGGAUGACACUAUGUGGCAGCUGUAUGAGUGGCAGCAGAGGCAGGCCUAUACCCCCACACGGCCUAUGUCGUCCACUCCCAGACCCUACGGGACCCUGCCUAGCCCCAAGACCAUGAUCAACCUGUCUGAGCACCAGGGUCACGGUCACCACUCCAUCCCCCCCUCACCCUCCCAUGGGUCCCUGUCUAUGUACGGGGGCUACUCGCCCCUCCACUUCUCCUACAACCCCAGCUCCAGUAGGUCUGAGGUGGCCUUCCCUGUAUACCGGGGGGAUGUUACCACAGACAGAAGACACAGGACGCCACAUCUCAACCAGUAUGCCUACCCGCCUGAGAGGAGGUCCAUGCCAGCAGGGAUCCCUGUCCAGACCAUCACUGCCCAGUCUCUGCAAGGAAAAACGCCUGAGGAGCUGACCUUGCUGCUGAUAAAGCUUCGUCGGCAGCAGGCCGACCUAAACAGCGUCCGGGAGCACACUGUAGCACAGCUUAUGCAACUAAACCUCGAUGGUGGCCACAACCCAAAGAACGACAUUCUGUCUCAUCAUCUCCAAAGAAACCUCAUGUAUCUCGACAACCAGAUGUCGUCUCAUGUGAAGGAAAAUCAGCCUUUAAUCGUGAUGAUUCACACCUUGAUAGAGAACUCAGCCCCCAGGCCUCAGCUAUACCAGCACCACGUCAGAAUGAGCCCAGAGGACCACAGGGAACACGCCUACAUGUGCAGCCCCGAGGAGGUUGACAUCGAUGCCAAGCUGAGCAGGUUGUGUGAACAGGACAAGGUUGUGAGGAUACGUGAGGACAAGCUCCAGCAGCUACACAGAGAGAAGCACACCCUGGAGACAGCCCUGCUGUCGGCCAGUCAGGAGAUAGAGAUGAGUGCUGAUAACCCAGCAGCCGUACACAGUGUUAUCCAGCAGAGAGACGUGCUGCAAAGUGGCCUGCUCAGCACCUGUAGAGAACUGUCACGAGUCAACACUGAGUUGGAGCGGUCGUGGAGGGAGUAUGAGAAGCUGGAGGGAGACGUCUCAUUGGCCAAGGACAACCUGCUGGAGCAGCUAGAGGCCCUGGGGAGCCCUCAGACGGAGCCUCCCAGCCAUCAGCAUGUCCACAUCCAGAAGGAGCUGUGGAGGAUCCAGGACGUGAUGGAGGCCCUCAACAAGAACAAGACCCAGAGACACACAGACACACAGGGACACUACGGCUCCACACCCAUCUCUAACAUACACAAGAGUGAGGAGGAGGUGGAGGACCUCUCAGCUCCCCCAAGACCGCCCUUACCCCAGGCCUACGAGCCCAACAGCCCUGCUGUACCCCCCCUCCCCUCUCGUGUUGCCUCCAGCGGGCGACCGGCACCCCCACCACCACCACACCGGAGUCCAGAGGACAGGGACAGGAAGGCCGGCCAGAGGAACGGAACAGGUCCUGACUACAGGCUGUAUAAGAGUGAACCAGAGUUGACCACCGUAACAGAGGUGGAUGAAACCAACGGAGAGGACAGAUCAGAACAGUCUGACAGAGACCCAGCAAACACAAAAGGAAUGUCCUACCCCGUUGGCAUCGUUCCCCCCAGAACCAAAUCUCCCAACAUGCCAAAUUCCUCCAGCAUCAACUCCUACGUCACCCUGAGGAGGGGAGGGAGGCCAGACCCGCGCAUGGAGCGACCCCAUAGUGCUGUAGAGCAGCUGUCUGGUGGGGCUGUGGAGAAGGACAGUGGCAGAUCCAGGAUGAGUGUAGAAGAGCAGCUGGAGAGGAUCAGGAGACACCAACAGGGGGCGCUAAGAGAGAAGAAGAAGGGGCUUCACAUCCUGGCAGGGAGUAGCUGCAACAGCCCGCAGGACUACACUACACACAGCCACAGUACCACAUCAACACCGUCACGUAGCCCUUCGUUCACCAAGGAGAACCCCUUCCGCAGCAUGCAGCAGAACCGUCGUCAGCGCGGCGAGGGGAUGAGCAGUGACAUCCUGGAGUUGGAGGCGUCACUCAGAGAACAGGAAGUGGUCAGAGAGCAGGAGACGCCGGCCGAGGAGAUAGCACGCCUUAAAGAGGCCACACACACUGACCACUACAACAUGGACAGAGAGCUUUCAGUCCCUGAGAAGGUGUUGAUUCCAGAGCGUUAUGUGGAGUCAGACCCAGAGGAGUCUCUCAGUCCAGAGCAGGAGGCUGACAAACAAAAGAAAGUGGACCGCAUCAAGGCCCUCAUCGCCAAAAACAGUAUGCAGAAUGUUCUCUCUCCUCCAGGUCCAGAGAAGGAAGCUGAGGAGGAAACCACAGCUCAGGAUCAGGAGAAAAUGAUCAACAUAUCCUAUGAACUGGCUGCUGAGGCCUCCAAACGCAGCAAGCUGGUGGCAGUGCACAGCUUGUCAUCCUCCUCACCUCCUCCUGAGCCCCAACCCUCCUCAUCUCCACCUCCUAACACACAGCCUCCCCCCCAGCUCACUGAUGGCUCCCACUUCAUCUGUGUCUAGUAGUGGCAGCACCUUGGCCUCAAUGAAGACCUACACGUGAGAAGACCUCUUCACUAGGACAUGACACACCCAGCACAAAAUCCAACAAACUGGACUGACAGACUGAUGGCCCGCUAGACCACGCCAUGCUCUGUUCAAUCUAUACCUUACUACAGUAUGACAUCACAUCCUCCUGUGCCAUGAUGUCAGUUCAUGUUGCCACAUCCCCUCCUUUUAACAUCACCACCACUUUCCCCUCUUCUCCCCCCUCACCUACUCUCCAUGUUAUCACC